CGGGCAGGAAGGAGGGAGGAGCGCGUGAUGGCUGGUGCCGUCGCGGUCGCGCUGUCCCUCACUGCGCUGCCAGCCGUUGCCGCCACUGCCGCUUCUCCUUCGCUGCCAGCUCCGGGCCGCCGCGCCGCCGCCAUGGCCGAGGAGGAGACUUCCAGCGAAGGGUUAGGAUGGUUAUUCAGCUGGCUUCCUGCCUGGUGUCCCACAUCACUACAACACCUUAAAGAAGCUGAGGACAAAAUGCUGAAAUGUAUUGCAAGCACAUAUGAUAAACGAUAUGUGUAUCUACCUAAUGGAAAUAAAAUAUGGACACUGUCGUUCUCUCCGGAGCUCUCACAUAGAACUCCACUUGUUCUCCUGCAUGGGUUUGGAGGAGGUGUUGGACUAUGGGCUCUCAAUUUUGAAGACCUCUGUGAGAACAGGACCGUUCAUGCUUUUGACCUCUUGGGAUUUGGACGGAGCAGUAGACCACACUUUGACACUGAUGCUCAGGAAGCAGAAAAUCAGUUUGUGGAAUCCAUAGAAGAAUGGAGAAAGGAGGUGGGGUUAGAAAAAAUUAUCUUGCUUGGACACAACCUUGGUGGAUUCCUGGCUGCUGCUUACUCAUUAAAAUACCCAUCAAGGGUCAAACAUCUUAUCUUAGUGGAGCCAUGGGGUUUUCCAGAGAGGCCUGACAAUGCUGAACACGAAAGACCAAUUCCAAUCUGGAUCAAAGCACUAGGAGCUAUAUUGAGUCCAUUUAAUCCAUUAGCUGGGCUGAGGAUAGCAGGACCCUUUGGAUUAAGCCUUGUUCAGCGCUUACGGCCAGAUUUCAAACGAAAGUAUUCAUCGAUGUUUGAUGAUAACACUGUUGCUGAGUAUAUCUAUCACUGCAAUGUACAGACACCCAGUGGUGAAACAGCUUUCAAGAAUAUGACAAUCCCUUACGGAUGGGCAAAAAGGCCGAUGCUGCAACGAAUUCCACAAAUGGAUCAAGACAUUCCUAUCACUGUGGUAUAUGGAGCACGUUCAUGUAUAGAUGGCAAUUCUGGCAGCACUGUCCAGUCUCUGAGACCAAAUUCAUAUGUGAAGACAAUAGCUAUCCUUGGUGCAGGUCAUUACGUGUAUGCUGAUCAACCUGAAGACUUCAAUCAGAAAGUGAAAGAUAUCUGUGAUUCUGUGGACUGACUGUCUCCUGUUCUUUAGAAAGUCAUGCCAUAGAUAACAUUUGAUAACAAUACUGUCUAGGAAAUCACUAAAGAAUAUGGAGCUAACAGAACAGGUUCUGUUUGCACACUGUUUCUUCUAAGAAGCCAUUUGCCCACUUAAACCACUGAGUGCCUUGGGAGGGGGGAGAUGGGAAGAUUUGAAGCAAACUUAGAAUCGUAAUAGUUGGAAUCACAAAACAGUUAGGUUUGUAAAGGACCUUAAGAUCAUCUAGUUCCAACCCUCCUGCCAUGGGUAGGGACACCUCACACUAAACCGUGCCACCCAAGGCUCUGUCCAACCUGACCUUGAACACCACCAGGGAUGGAGCAUGAGCAAACUUUGUACAGCUUUGUUUGGGAUUUGUUUAGAUUAUUGGCCUGUCAUAUAUGAAAUUAUGUGUAACUUUUUAAAACUUAAUUUUCUUCCAAAUUCAAUUGAAUUGACCUCUAAAAAUGCGCAGAGAACUGUAUCAAUGUAGAUGCAAUAUAUAAAAUGCAGUUUUGUUUCUCUAUAAAUAUUCAUGGGGUUUAGUUGAUGUUUCAUAGCAAGAAUAUGAAAUUGCUUAUAUAUCCUAUUUUUGGAAUCCAGAACUCCAUAUACCAUAUUUUAAGAGGGUGGGUUGUUUCUUUUUUAUUAUUAUUGGAGUGCUAACAGCUUAUGAAGCUGAUUUGGGGAGGACAGGGCCAAAAUAAUGAGCAGGGUCCGUCACUGAAAUAAGUGUGUUAGCUUGUAAGGAAUUGAGGCUCAGGAUUAGAAAUUUUUUUUCUGUUGGAUUUUAUUUCCAUUUAUCUCAAGGCAUCUUUUCCAUAUGUGCAGCUUUCACAAAAGGCUCAGUUUGUAAGAGUCAGUGAUGUCAACAGCACUCAUGCUUCCCUAAAUAUUUUUAUAUACAGAUUUCAGUGAUUUAAAACACAAAAGAUGGCUUAUUAGUUUCUCCAACUAUUUUUAAUGCUUUACUGCAGGAUUUGUUACUAGCCUAAACCUAACAGUUUUAGAUAAGUUGAGAAGAUUUUGAUUAGAGCUAGAGGAAGGUCAUCUGGAUAGUGAGCAGAAUUCCCUUUUUCUUUAAUUAGAAAACCUAGUCUGCUUUUUAGUAAAUUUGGGGCAGAGAAGAAGCAGAGGGAGAAUAUUGAUGUUCUCUGAUUGGGAGCUACAAUAGGUUAGUGUAUUUUAGUUAACAUGCAACCUCCUUAUAGGAAGGAUUGUUACUGGAAUGAACAAUAUAACACUGUAACAGAUUAUAAUUACAUAUUUUGGAGAUUAUUUAAUUGUUUUGAGUAUUUCAGUAUCAGAGAUAAUCCAGUCUCUGCAUCUUUUUGAAACUGUAGUUUGAUGUUAGUUCUUCACAUGCUUAGUAAAUUAUAUUAAGCAAAAUACUUGUCACUUUAAAGCCAAAUUAUGUGGUGGUUUAUUUUUUAACAAGUUUACAUAAAACUAUUGAUCUGCUUUUGAAUAUUAAAUUGACUACUGAAGAGUCCUUGAUACUUUUGUACAUAAAGAAUUAAUAAUUGCACCGUCUUAAAACUUGAGUGGAACUCUGCAUUUUUUUUCUCUCAAAGUAAUGAAUUAUUGCACAUAUUUAUGACUUGGAAGGCAAAGAUACGUAAAAUAUUCAGAAUAUACUCUGAUUAUGUUCCCAGCCAAAUGCAGUAUUUCUGAAGGAGAUAUUCAUCUAUAUGUUGCUAUGUAAACAUCAGACAGUCUUUGUGACUGCCUUGACUGGUAGCACUUAAUACCUGACAAGCUAAAGAUUUUAAUUAAAAUUAAUUCUUGAAUUAAAUUAUGUUUUCAAUUAGAAGACACCAGAAUUUUUAAACAAAAUGUUGAGUUAUUUGCUAAAAUCUUGAGUUCAAAAUGGAAGAUCAGAGUAUCAAUGAUACUUUUUAAUAUAAGCUAUAAAUUAUGACCAUUUAGGUGAAUGCCUUCAGUAUGUGUUUUUUCACCCUUUUCAGUGUCUUAAUUUGUAUUUAUCAACUUAGCUGUUUUAACUGUAUAGAAGAAUAUUCUGAAUUCCCUCCAAAUAACAAAAGGUGAAACAAACUAUUGGUAUUUUCAGAUAGCACUUACUGAUGGGAAUUCUAGAUUCCACAUCAAAAGAUGGAAGCAAGGGUAAAAAUUGUACACUGAAUGAGAAUAUUGUUUUAAAUAUCCCUUCCUUUUUCAGCCCAUUGUACUAAGACGAUUUAUUGCUUAAGUUUUGCCCAGUAAAAAAAAUCCUAAAUGUUAUCCUCAAUUAAUGUUAAAACAUGAUGCUUUUGUAAAAGUUGUGUGUAAUGAAGCCCUGGAAGUCAAGAGUAAUUAAUAAGUUGAGCUAAACCAUCCAAAAUACACUAAAAAUAAGGCUUAUUUCCAGAUGUCUUAAUGUUUUUAGGUUUUCAUGUAUGUAAUUGAAACUGGUAAGCAUUUGUCAACAAGUAGGUACAAGCUUGGAAUGCUGAUUGUAUAUACAAAGAAAAUGUUUGUUGGUUAUCUUCCAGGCAGUAUUAGAUACUGCUGCAAAGAUCAGGAUGGAAUUUAUUGAUAAUAAUAAAACAUUCACCACCAUCACAAGAAAGUCCCCAUUUGUUAUCUGAUUGAGAAAUGGAAAUGUGAAUUUGUAGGCGUCAAGAUUGGCUAAAUGGGUCCAAACUGAAGAAAUGUUGUCAUCUGGUUUCACUUGGAUUAAACCAGUACUGGCAUUUCUUUUGAAACUGUAUCUUUUUAAUAUUGCUGCAACUAUUGGUGCUGAACUGAUGUGACGGUCCCUGUGUACAAUGUUCUCUGUGGUCCAUUGUGGUUCCUCAAAUUCCCAGCCCUUCCAGAUCACAGUUAUUCAGCUUUUUGUAUACAAGAUUAAAUACAAUAAAAACAUCUGGAAUGAGCGUAUGAGAAGAUA